AUGUCCAACCAGUGUACAUGGGCAGAUGCUUCUCAGGGGACAGGACAAGGCCAGGGCGUCCUACCUCAUGUCAAUGCACCCACCAUACAGCAGGGACUGUCAAGGCGGUUCAUACCCAAUCAGUGCGCACCUGUAGACAGAACUGUCCUGGAGGCACUGAGAGAGAUGGACCUGAAGAUAAAUUACCUGACAUCUCUUGUAGAAUCUCUUGUGGGUGGUCGUCGAAUUUUGCCCCCACAACAGCAAGACGAUGAAGACUUGAAUGUCAUCCCUCUGGAUUCAGUAGAAGCCCUAGAAAAUUUAGAAGAAAGGCUUCUGAGCAACGGACUGAAGCAAAGGAUGAUUAACAUGCUGUCACUAAGUGGUGGACAUACCAUGAAAAAGACAAUCUGGAGAAUUGCCAGCAAGGUGUUCACCCCCAACCUUGCGAAAAGCCUUAACUGGUGCGGCAGGGGAGACAAGCGAGGUCUAAAACAAACCGCAUGUGGACAAGUUAUUAUUGCUGCCGCGAUGAAAAAUCCAGUACUGCCAGCGCCAACUGAAGCAGAAGCGGAGAAAUGCUUAAAAGAUUACUUCCCAGCUAGCAAAAAAUGUAUGGCCCAGUUCUGGGCCAAAUCUGGCAUGCCGGAACUUUUUGUGUCGGCCCACAUCCGGCAGCCGGAUCUGGCCUGGUGUCAAAAAGAAUGACGGUUAGAUUGUGGCCCGUAUACAGCUGCCCAGAUCCCAGCCAUGACUGCCAGCAAUAUACCAGCACUUAACCACCUGCUA